UGUUGCUAAGACUCUGGGAUACUAACUAGCAGGUCAGUGCUGUCUAUGUGCAGAUUAAUGUGUUCUAGAUUCAUAUUGUAAUUAUUAUACAGUGAUACUAAUACUCUGUGACAUUAUUUCUGAGUAUUAGAGCAAUUCAUUACAGAUGCAGUUGUUGGUGGACUACCAUUCUCAUCAUGCCCAGGCAGCCAUCACUGUCCCAGAGUUAAUUGUAAUUACCCAUCUUUACAGUCCUGUUCUAUUAGUGACUUGUGGGACAUUUAGCACAUUUGGAAAACUUAGCCCAGAAUUACUGUUGUAUUACUAUCAAUUGUGUUAAUAAAUGUUAAAUCACUAUUAUUAUUAUUAUUGCCAUUUAUACAGCGCCAACAGAUUCCGUAGCGCUUUACAAUAUUAUGAGAGGGGGGAUAUAAAUAGGACAAUUACAAGAAAACUUACAGGAACGAUAGGUUGAAGAGAACCCUGCUCAAACGAGCUUACAUUCUAUAGGUUGUAACAUUUUAUUAUUAUUAUUAUUAUUAUUAUUGUAUUAUUAUUUUUUUUGCAAAGCUGCAACAGGUGGCAAAUUACAUUUAGUAAAUAAGCUCCCAGUGAAGGUGAGUCCUUCGGACUGGUUUAUUCACUAAACAGUGAGUUCUGGUGGACUUUAAGUGGCCAAAUAGUGAGGGUAAAUUUUGCAGCUGUUUGUAAGUCAAUACCUCAAUACCACAAACUGGAGCUUAUUCACUAAACCGCUAUUUUUGGAGCUCAAGAAUGAAUGAAUCGGAAAAUGUAAGCCAAAAUGGGAAACGUUCUACAAUUCACCUAUAGACACAGCUUGGCUAUUUUAGCAUAUUUUACAUUUCCGUUUUAAGUUCACUACAAUUUGAUGAAUAAAUUCCAAUGCGGUUUACCUCUCUCAGUGUUAUUCAUUAAAGGGUGAAUGUCAAUGGAAUUUUAAAUUUGAGGUCAAACUGGCCAAACUGAAAAAUUCGCUAAGUCAAAGAUGCUUUCAAUUCACCCUACUCUUACCUAAAAUUUAAAAUGUAAAAUUCCUUUAAACUGACCUUGAAUUCUCUUUUUAAUAAAUAACCCUGUUACUGUCUACAUUCUUUGCCUGUAGGUACCAUAUUUUUUUUAAUAUAGGACACAGUAAAAUUUGGGGUAAAAACUGCCUGUAUACUAUAUGCCAAGUGCAGCCUAUAUAUAUAUAUAUAUAUAUAUAUAUAUAUAUAUAUAUACACACCGUAUUUUCCGGCGUAUAAGACGACUGGGCGUAUAAGACGACCCCCAACUUUUCCAGUUAAAAUAUAGAGUUUGGGAUAUACUCGCCGUAUAAGACUACUCCUCUUCCAAUGCACACCAAAUAAAAAUUAGCCAUGAUGUACAGUGAGCAGACAGAGCUACACAGCAAGACAUUAAAUAAUGAUAAUCUGAAAUAGCAUUUAAAGCCCAGGUAUGUGCCAGGCUGUUUGGGCAUAUAAUCCAUGCCUGCUUGUCUAGCACACAGGAGGCUAAUUGCGAUAUAUUCUUUUUACUCCCCCCCCUCCAUUCUUUUUACUCCCCCCUCCAUUCUUUUUACUCCCCCCCUCCAUUUUUUUUACUCCCCCCUCCAUUCUUUUUACUCCACCCCAAUCCUCCCUACAUUCUUCUCACCUCCCCUUCCCUGUACAGAGUGGGUGGCCGAGCUCCUCUUCGUCCUGUCAGUCCGGCCGGGUACCGCGCGGUACAGGAGAUUCAGUUACCUGUUCCCGGCCGGACUGAAAGGAAGUGAGCACACAGUGUGCACUUCCUUUCAGUCCGGCCGGGAACAGGUAACUGAAUCUCCUGUACCGCGCGGUAACUGGCCAGGCUGACAGGACGAAGAGGAGCCCGGCCACCCACUCUGCACAGGGAAGGGGAGGUGAGAAGAGAGGCAGUGCGGCAGCCGUCUGAGCGCUCUCUAUAGAGCGCUCAGGCGGCUGCAGCAUUAGAAGGGCUGGCGAUGGGGGCGAAGGGCGCCCCCGGCAGCCAUAUAGACCCUAUACAUGGCGUAUAAGACGACCCAUCGACUUUGGAGAAGAUUUUCCAGGGUUAAAAAGUCAUCUUAUACGCUAGAAAAUACAGUAUAUAGUUAUGCCACUCCUCAAAAAACCACCAGAGAAUUCUGUGUCUCCCUUCCUGGUAAGAGUCAGGAAGGGAGAACUAACAUUAAAUAAUAUAAAAUAAUAAUAUAAAAUAGCCUUUUUCUUUUUUUUUACUGCCCAUACAUCACAGCCACUACCCCACCCCAUACAGCAUCCACUAUACACACAGUGCAUCAUCUACAUCCCCUAUACACACACACCAUAUGCACUAUACACACACUACAUCCUCUAUAAACACUACAUCUCCUAUACCACAGGAACUAAACACACAGACACUAGAUUAUUUACACACACUGCAUCCACAAUGCACGUACACUGUGUCCCCUACACACACUGCAUCUACUAAAUACACAGACAUGGUAUCCACUAUACACACUACAUCCCCUACACACACUGAAUUGUGUACACACACACACAGACACACACUACAUCCCCCACACACAUACACUACAUUCCCUAAAUACACUCCACAUCGCACACACACACACGCACACACAGUUUACUGUAGUUUUGGUAAAGGUUAUUUUAUAUAUUUUUCCUAAUAUAUAUUCCAAAACGAGUAUAUGUUUAAAGGACCACUAUAGUGCCAGGAAAACAUACUCGUUUUCCUGGCACUAUAGUGCCCUGAGGGUGCCCCCACCCUCAGGGUCCCCCUCCCGCCCGGCUCUGGAAGGGGGAAAAGGGGUUAAACUUACCUUUUCCAGCGCUGGGCGGGGAGGCUCUCCCUCCUCCGAUCCUCCUCCGUUCCUCCUCCUGGGCUGAAUGCUUGCAGCGGCAAAGUUGCUUGGCGCAUUCAGCCGUCUAUAGAAAGCAUUCAUAAUGCUUUCCUAUGGAACGCUUAACGUGCUCUCACUGUGAAAAUCACGGUGAGAAGCACGCAAGCGCCUCUAGUGGCUGUCAAUGAGACAGCCACUAGAGGAUUAGGGGAAGGCUUAACCCAUUAAUAAACAUAGCAGUUUCUCUGAAACUGCUAUGUUUAUUAAAAAAUGGGUUAACCCUAGCUGGACCAGGCACCCAGACCACUUCAUUAAGCUGAAGUGGUCUGGGUGCCUAGAGUGGUCCUUUAAGCUUUUGUGUUUAACCUGCAUGCACUUUCUCUUUGUAGACAUGUAUAAGCUGGACUUGCCACUAGAUCCAAAGGAAGUUUCGGCCAUUGAACGGAGGAGAAACAAAGAGCAACAAAGGCAAAGUCGCAUCUUCAAUGCCAAAGUUAGGACCAUUGGGGUAUGUCUUCUUUAUAAUCCAUUACUCCCUGCCCUGCCCAGCAUGCCAGACUGUGUAGUAUGCUCUAAGUGUCUUCAUGUGUUUUUGAUUCAGGUUGACUUACCUGCGCUAGAAAAACAAGUAGAAGAAAGAAAGAUAAAUGAAAGCACUGAAAAAGCUCGGGAUGAGGCAUUUGGUAAGCCAAUAAUUAUGCAAUAUAAUGAUAAUUUAUUUUAAUAUAUUGCUUUUCUCGCCAGUGGGAACCAAUCACUUUAGAUGAUGCUGGAGAGCAACCUUUGGAUGUAAACCAAAUGAGUUAACAACUUCGGGUAAAAAAGCAGCAGAAACCUCUGGGCACCAUAACAACUUUAUUUAUAUGAUGUUCUUAUGGUGGCCAUACAGUUCCUUCAACUUAAUCAAGAACUGUUGCAACAGCCAACGUAAUGGAACUUUUUUGUAAUGUAUGCCUCACUGGCAAUUAUUAGUUAUAAGUAUACAAAAAGAACUUGGAGAAUCUGCACAUUUUCAGUGAUACAUAAGACGUUAAGAAUAAUUCACAAGGAGGCAUCGUCAGAGAAGAAGGCUGUCUGAGGUCAAUAAAUUACAAGUAGGUAAAGUCUUACAGUAGAUUUGGAUUUCAUUAUAGAAGCGUUCUAAGUAUUGUAAACACUACAGCUUUUUCAGUUGAUAUGGUGCAGUGAUUCAAUUGAUGCCACAAUUAUUUUGGAAUCCAGGAUUCUUGCCAAUGCCCUAUCCUGGCCCCUCUGCAGCUGCACUCAUAAUUGUGUUUCCAGGUCUCAUCUCGUUUUUUUAUGUGAAUGGAAUAACACUCAUGGUAGGGAUAUAAGUGACUACUGUAAAUCAGGGUCCAGUUCUUGUCUUCACACUUCCUUUUGGUGAGGAACCAGAGGGUGGAGCUAAUCUUUUUUUUAUUUUUUCCAAACAUGCAUCCUUCAUCAGCGAAAGGUCAGAUCCAUGGCUGUUGCUCUGUACCAACGUAGUCCUUUCCAGCUGCUUACAUUGUAGACCUACCUCUGAUAUACAAUAAUUAAUUUGAUUAUAUUAUAUCUGUAGAUGCUGAUAGGGUGCAGUAUGAUAAAAUUGCUCAAAUGCUGGAACAGAAGGAGCAGGAGGUAGCCCGGAACCUGGACCAAGCUGUACAGGAAUUCAGGGAGAAAUAUCAGCAGCCUGAGACCCGCAGGGAGUUUGACAUCUACGAUCCUGAAGGCCUGAAGAAGGAUCGUCCGGCACGUGUAUGUGAUGAUGACCCCAGAUGUGGGCCUGCCAGCCUGCAGAAAUUUGCCGGAGAAGAUCUGAGCGAGAAGGAACGAAAGAAAUUGCAGGUGGAGAUGACUAAAAAAUAUCUCUCUGAGCAGAAGGCGGAGAGACAGAGAGAACAAGCACAAAAGAAAUAUGCAGGUAAGUUCUAUUCAGUAUGUAGUUAUAUAUUUGUUGCGAUUAUAGCAAUCUACAUCUGUGAAAGCUCAUUCCAGUGGUUGUAAAGGAUAAACAUAAUCAAGCACUAAAGCCCACUUUUAUAUCCCUGACGUAUUUUCAUGUAGCAGUUCACUUAGAAAGACAAAAAAUAACAUUUACACCUUGGUUUCUUCUCAAACCACAGGUCAGUGAUUAAACUGGAUGAUAUAGGAUAGGGGCUAUGCAACCUUCUGCACUCCAGAUAUUGUGGACUACAUCUCCCGUGAUACUUUGCCAAUAUUAUGGCUGAAAAAGCAUUAUGGGAGAUGUAGUCCACAACAUCUGGUGUUCCAAAGGUUGCUUACCCCAAUACAGGAUAAUAACAUUAGUGAGAAUACUCUAUGAUUGAUGCACAAUACCUGCACAACUCACUUCGGCCUCUGCUGUCUAAAAGGGUCAGUCUAAUACUUGCAUUACGUUUAGCAAAGAAUGGCAGUUAUAAAUCAUUGUGCUCAGGGGUUGGAGACCCCUUGUACCUAUUGUUAUGGUGCUAUUAGUAGUCCUUUAAUAAAUAAACCAUUCAAUGAUUGUUUCAUAAUUGAAAUAUUGUAAGUCUAGAAUUGGUCACUUCUAUGCAUUUAAGAAAAACUAUAGUGUUAGGAAUACAAAGUGUUAUACACUCCCCCCCCUCUCCUUCAACACAUAAAAGGUUAAAAACCUUUCAUUCGCUUACCCGAUUUCAACGCUGAUGUCCCUCGGUGCUGGGUCACACUCCACCUCCUCGGACUUCAUCUGCUGGGUGGACCUAAUGCGUAUGCACAGCAAGUGCUGCACACGCAUUACGCCUUCCACAUAGGAAAGUAUUGUUUCAAUGCUUUCCUAUUGGAUUUUCUCUGGCUCUGGACGUCCUCAUAAGUUUGAGGAUGUCCAGCGUCUUUUCACGGAGUCAAACUCCAUCAAACACCAGUAAGCGCCUCUAGUGGCUGUCUAGUAGACUGUCACUAGAGGCAGUCUUAGUACUUCAAUGUAAACAUUGCAAUUUCUCUAAAACAAGGACUAUUAAGCAGAUGAAGUGGUCUGGUGGUUAUUGUGUCCCUUUAAUAGCUCUUGUUUGAAUAUGAAAGACACAGACAAGAUAUUUGAGCUUGAAAACAUUAGGUGAUUAAACCUUAACCCCUUAAGGACUUCUGGAAUAAAAGGGAAUCAUGACAUGUCACACAUGUCAUGUGUCCUUAAGGGGUUAAUAGCUCCAGAGUUUUAUAAUAAUCCUUGUACAAAAGGUAAAAAGUAACACUUCCUAUCCAUACAGAUAAUUUAGAUUAUAAGAAGAGGGUGGAACUGGAUGAGAGAGCCCAGUACCUGAGCUUGAUGGAAGAAGAAUGCAGAAAAGCUAUUGACAUGGCCACUACAAAUUUCAACCAAGCCCUGGUAUGUCAAAAUGUUAUACACUGUGAGAAGUCUAGCAAUUUAUUAUCACUCUCUGGAAUUUUGCACAAGGUAUAACUUUGUACAAUUUUUAAUUCUUGGUUCUGUUUCCCUAAUCAAACAGGCAUUGGAAGCAGAAGAACGCAAGAAAUUGCUGAAGCAGCAGGAGCAGAACAAUAAUUUUGCUGAGAUUUAUAAUAACCUGACUGGAGACAUUUUGACAGAAGACCCAGCUGUAGCUAUCAGUUGCCUUAGUCCACAGCGUGUACUACCUGAUCGUUGGAAGGGGAUGACCCCUGAGCAGCUCAGAGUUAUCUGGGAUGCACAGGAGAAGCAACGUCAAGAAAAGCAGGUAAUGAUUCAAGUUGCUGUUCCAGUACUUAAAGGGACACUAUAGUCAUCAGAACAACUACAGCUUAUUGUAUUUGUUCUGGUAAUUAUAAUCAUUCUCUUCAGGCUUUUUGCAGUAAGCACUGUCUUUUCCGAGAAAAGGAAGUGUUUACAUUACAGCCUUGGGAUACCUCCACUGGCCACUCCUCAGAUGGUUGUUAGAGGUGCCUGCAUGGAGACACUGAAAUUUCCUUAUAGAGAUGCAUUGAUUCAAUGCAUCUCUAUGAGGAGAUGCUGAUUGGCCAGGGCUGUAUUUGAAUCAUGCUGGCUCUGCCCCUGAUCUGCCUACUUGGCAAUCUCAGCCAAUCCAAUGCUUUCCUAUAUGAAAGCAUUGUGAUUGGCUUAAAACAACACUUUUGAUGAAGUCAGUCAAGGUCUAAUGAAGUCAGAACGGGGCAGAGCCAGCAGCAUCAGGCUGGAGUAAAGGUAAGAUUUUACUAUAUUUAGGGGGGGCAGGGGGACUUUUCAUGACAUGUAGACUGAAUGCUGUCAGACAUUCUUUCAUAAUAAAUUAAUCUACCUAAGUACCUAAGUAGACUUACCCUGGAAUGCGGCAAUUCAAUACAACAUACUCAUUUGUGCAAGGUAUUUUGAAUACAAGCUUGCAAGUUUUUAAUGAUAUUCUGAUGCAUACAUGGUACAUAGGCUAUAUAAAAACACCCACAACUACCAGUAAAUAGGUACUUGGAUAAAUUACUGGACUAGGCAGGCAAGUGGUCAGAUUAGAUUCAAUACAGAUAAAUGCAAAGUUAUGCAUUUUAGAAUAAGGAACCCACAAGCCACUCAUACAUUAAACGUGGUUGAGUUAGGGAUAACAUUAAAUAAAAAGGACUUGGGAACAAUUAUACUAGGCAACAGUAGGCAAUGCCGGUCUGCCAUUGCAAACACUAGUAAGUGCUUUCACAUAUAAAAAGGAAUUUUGAUUUACAUGAUACAAAUAUAACUUUGGAGAAAAGAGAACAGAUAAGGUAAGUUCCUUAUAUAAGGGCCUGACCCUGUCUGCUAAAUAAUGGUGAAUGUUCCCAAAGGGAACCAAAAUAUUGGAAUGACACUCUAUAGAGUAUAGAGUUAUAAAUAAAUUAGAUCAAGUCUCACAAUAGAUAAAAUGUGCAGAAUUAAAGUGUGAUAAAGAAUUUAUCACACUUUAAUUCUUCACAUUUUAUCUAUUGUGAGAUAAUUUUCUUUUUAUCUAUUGUGAGAUAACUUUCUUUAUCACACUUUAAUUCUGCACAUUUUAUCUAUUGUGAGAUUUGAUCUAAUUUAUUUAUAACUCUAUACAGGAGUGUCAUUACAAUAUUUUGGUUCCCUUUGGGAACAUUCACCAUUACAAAUAUAACUUUGCCUCUUUACAAAUCAAUGGUAAGACCCCACCUUGAAUAUGUGGUGCAAUUUUGGGCACCAGUUUUAAAGAAGCAUAUUGCAGAACUAGGAAACAAGUAAGGGAGAUAGAAAACAUUAGUUAUGAGAAAAGGCUAGACAAACUGCAAUUAUUUUCUUUAGAACAAGGCCCCUUAGAGGGGAUACAAGGUCAGCAGAAAAAGCUAUGUGCUACCCUGUUCAUUAGCAGGAAUCUAUAACAGACAAUAGACUGAAAUGAAAAAAAAUGUUUUACUUACAGCAGAGGAAAUGGUUCUUUACAAUAAGAAAAAUAAAGAUGUGGAAUUCUCUGCCUUAAAAGGUUGUGUUGUCAGAUUCUAUAGCUAAUUUAAAAAAAGGCCUGGAUGCUAUUUUGUAAAAACAUAAUAUGCAAGGAUAUAAUUGGUAUGUAUGCAAAAGGUUGUUGAUCCAAAGAUAAAUCUGAUUGUCAUUAUUGAGUCAAGAAAGCCUUCCCUCCCCUUUUUUUGUGGCAUAAUUCGAUAUGGCUACAACUGAUUUCUUUGCCUUCUUUUGGAUCAACAGCAUAAAAGCUUUGUGAUUGAACUGGAUGGACUUUAGUCAUUUUUCAAUAUAGAUUACUAUGUAACUAUGUACUGGGAAAACAAAUUUGGCUUUUUGCUUACCUUAUGCCAGAGGUUAAUUGAGGAAGAAAAGCAACGGGAUUCAGAGUGGGACAAGCAGAGGAUGCUGGCCGCACGAGCUGCUAUGACAAUGGAGCAACAGGAAGAAGAACUCAACAAAAAUAUGAGGAAGAGACUGGACUCGUACAACCAGCAGCUUAGCAGAGAGCAACAAGCACAGUGAGUACUACUGAAACCUUAUAGCCCCGAGAGCAGGGUAUUGGGUCAACACAUUGAUUCAUGAACAUGAUGGUAGACUAUAACCGUCUAAUCUAAAUAGCUUAAAUUGUCUCUGUCCCCUGCCCCCUCCCCAUCCAAAACGUGUAUCUCAGAAAGAUAAAAUACAUCUGAAAUACUCACAUUGACUAUGUUGGAAUUUCACUGAAUUAUACUAAGACAAUACUAAUAUACUAAGACAAACUAUUUUUAUUCCAAGCUUAACAAAAAGCAGAACUACCUUUUUUAAGUCUAGUCAAGCACUUGUUGAGGAUCCUGUUGUCUUGCGGGUUCUUCCGUAGACCUCGGUGUUUUACUCUUGUGCAUGUAGAGGACCAUCAGGAAGAAGAUGGCGGUGGCCUCGAGGCACAGGUUCAGGUAAGUAUGUAAUUCUCCUUUCCCUCCACCACUUGUCCACUGCACUGUCAGGAGAGCAGUCGCCAUCGGGGGUGUCUUUGCAAUAAAGUAAUGCUUAUAUGGUGACCUCUCCUCCCUUGACGACGUCAGCUCCAAAUGUGCAUGCGCGGCCAGAACUGCACGCGCAUUCAAGCCACCCAUAGGAAAGCAUUACUUGCUUUCCUAUGGACGUCCAGCAUGAGUUCAAUGCGAUUUUCGCAUUGAGGGUCGCGGAAGCGGCCUCAAGUGGCUGUCAGGGAAACAGCCACUAGAGGCUGAAUUAACCCUUAAUGUAGUGGUUUGGUGCCUAUAGUGGUCCUUUAAUGAACAGAAUGACUGGCCCAUCUUGGGGGGGACUUCAACGCCCCACUGGACCCCAUUAUGGACUCCUCAACAGGACACAGUAGCAUCUCGCAACUCAACAUAUGCUCCAUGAAGAGAUCAUUGGGGGAUAUGGACCUGGUGGAUUGCUGGAGGACCCUACACCCCUCCACUAAAGACUUUUUACGUAUUAUUCAGCAUUACAUGAUCGAUACUCCCGCAUCGAUUAUAUCUUCAUAUCUCCUACAAAUAGGCCUCCAACGACUGAUCUCUGCCAAGUUAGACCCUGCAACGUGGUCGGAUCAUGGCUCGGUCAUUGUAGAACUUGAAUCGCCUCUCUUUCGGCCCUCCACGUGGUCAUGGAGGCUAAAUGAAGCCCUCCUUCUCGAUCCUGAGACGCGAGCACAGAUUACCCAAGCAUUGGAACAGUACUUUCAGGAUAAUGACGUGCCGGAUAUGGGAAGCCCACAAGAGCGUCAUCAGGGGCACACUUAUCCAAAUAGCCUCCCGAAAGAAAAAGGCAGCAGCGCAUGAAAUGGCAGAUCUUUACAAAUCUAUUUCGGACCUGGAACAACGACACAAACGAUCCCACCUGAUGGAGACGUACGGGGAACUCAUGCAGGCCAGGCGACAACUGAAAGAUCUCCUCACAAAACGCUAUCUCAGAUCCCUACAACAUUCCAAGGGGUUCUUCUAUGCUCAUGCCAACAAGGGAGGGAAAUACCAGGCGCGUCUCCUGAAAGGAAAUGCCCCCCGCACGCAGGUCCGCAACUUACACCUCUCGUCAGGCACCACGACGACCUUCCCGAACGAGAUAGCGGGAGAAUUCAGGAAAUACUACCACUAACUUUAUAAUAUACAUGUAACUGAUGGAAAUGACGACUCAGACGCGGAGGAGGCCCGGACGCGGGACUACCUGCAAGAGUCUAUCACGAGAACGAUCAGCCCGGAUCAUGUAGAGAUGCUGGACACCCUAAUUUCUGUGGAGGAGCUCCUGGCAGCACUGAAGUCGGCCAAAACGGGUAAAACACCGGGCCCGGACAGCUUCUCCGUGGGGUAUUAUAAAACAUUUUCCUCCAUAUUGCUACCAUGGUUCACGAAGGUCAUCAAUGCAGUCGCUGAAGGGGGGAACUUCGGGGCAGAAUCUCAGGCGGCUAUAAUAACUGUUCUACCGAAGCCUGGGAAGGACCCAAUGGUAAGUGGCAGCUAUCGCCCAAUCUCCCUGCUGAAUGUGGACACCAAACUGUUCACUAAGGCACUAGCGACUAGGCUCCGGUCCGUCCUACCGGCUCUCAUACAUGUGGACCAAACGGGAUUUAUACCCGGUCGAGAGGCACGAGAUAGUACCCUGAGGGUAUUUGUGAUACAACAUAGAGUGAGGAUGACGCAGCAACAACUCCUCCUCCUUUCCACGAACGCCGAAAAGGCGUUCAACCGGGUGAGAUGGUGAUACAUGUUUGCCACUCUCUGUAAAAUGGGGGUUGGACAAAGACUCCUCAUGUGGAUCCGGGCGCUAUACAGCAACCCACGGGCCGCGGUGCAUGUGAACGGGGCACUCACCACUGAAUUUGCGAUCUCCAAUGGCACAAGGUAGGGAUGCCCACUGUCCCCAUUGCUAUUUGCCAUGUCCCUGGAACCCCUGCUCCAACUAUCAGGCAACAUCCUGACGUUCGGGGGUAUUCCUGGCAAGGGGAUGAACACAAAGUAGCCGCAUACGCGGACGAUCUUUUAUUUUUUAUCACCUCACCCCGAACCACGAUGCCCUGCCUGAUGGAGGCACUUGAACAAUUCGGUAAGAUAUCGGGUUUUAAACUUAACCUAUCCAAGUGUGAGGUGCUUAACAUCACCAUCCCUGACGCAGAAUACCGGGCUCUGGACUCCCUAUUCCCUUUCUGAUGGUGCCCCUGUAAAAUGAGAUAUCUUGGGAUUUGGAUCACAUCGGGUCCGGGAGAGCUUUACCCACAAAACUUCAACCCACUACUGAAGACGAUACUGGCGGAUCUAGAGAGGUGGGCAUACCCACAUGUAUCGUGGUUCGGAAGGAUAGCAGUUCUUAAAAUGAACAUCCUACCCAGGCUCUUAUAUUCGUUUCAGACACUCCCACUGGCCAUACCCGCACACUUUUUCUCCACACUGAGGUCGGCAGUUAUGCUCUAUGUUUGGAGGGGGGAGAGAUUGAGGCUCCGACAUGAUCUACUCUGCUUGCCGAGGCACCGGGGAGUACUGACGCUGCCCGACUUUAGACGAUAUCACCAAGCUACAGUCCUUCAGCGCAUCCUGGAGUGGCACACAAACACGCAUCGGAAACAGUGGGUAGCUCUAACCAGGGACGGACAGGAGGCUCGCCUAAAAUCUACCAUAUGGGCAGGGGGUUCUAAAGUUGGUGGCAGAGGAGAAUCGGAGGGAAUAGUGGCUCAGACACUUAUCAGCUGGAAACUCAUGAGGGACCAAACCCAUAUCUCACCCUUGCCCAGCCCACUACUUCCCAUUGCCCACAAUCCGGCGAUAGGAGGGGGAUUCCCGUCAAGAACAUGGCCCUUUGCGGAGGGACGUGAACAUAUCCCCAUCUCCACAGUUUUGCGAGAUGGCGCCCUGCGAUCCCUGGACUCCCUGUUGGGAGAGACACCCCAGACUCCCCUGAUAAUGCCACGCUACAUGCAGGUAACGCACUAUUAUGAUGCCGUACGUGACAAAGAACGACUGCACAGGUUUGAGGCGAGAUGCGAGAGGGGCUCAUCACUGGAAAAAACGAUAUCCACCCUCUACCAACAUCUUUUGGUGGGACACUUGGCGGAGAACGAUACCUUCCACAGGCAGUGGGAGGCACUGAUGGACACCACCUUCACACCCCAACAAUGGGAAGGUGCAUUACUCUGGCAACACAAAAGCUCAAUCAGCUCACAUUACCAAGAAAUGAAUUACAAACUAAUCGCACUCUGGUAUAGGACCCCGACGCUGCUACACAGGAUCUUCCCAACGACGCCCCCAACAUGUUGGAGAUGCCUCUAGGAGAGAGGCAUGACAAUACAUAUAUGGUGGGAAUGUCGCCUCCUCGUCCCAUAUUGGGAGAUGAUCAGAGAGAAGAUAAACAAAAUCAUAGGAGAAACGACAGAAUGGACAGCGGCCCUGCCCCUUCUACAUAUUUCAAAGAUGUCGAUUGCCAUGUACAAAAAAAUCGAUCCUGCGUCAUUUACUCAAUGCGGCCAAAGCCCUGAUCCCACUAUAUUGGAAGAAGGCGGAGGGGGGGACAGACAUGCAGAGAUGUGGCGGCCAUGGUUCGCAUUUGUGUCCCGUAGCCGAUAGGGUGGGAUGGAUUGGGUGGGGGGACGCGUGGGGGGGAAAACUGGCCCGACGAGGCGUGACCAUUCCUGCCUGCUUUAUUCUACCCUACCUAACCUAUACUGAGGCCCUGGGGCAACUCUUCUUCCCUCUCUACCAACCUACUUCUGAUUUUCACCUGUAACCUUUACAUACACACGAGCAAAUGGAUAAGACACACUCACGCUAUAGUGAUAAGCCUGUAUCUUGUCCGGGACCAGUCAGUGCGAUCAUAGAAAGACAGCACUAUAAUUACCUCAUUCACGCCUAUCACGGAUUCCACCAAUGACUUAAGGACAUACACAAACCCUUAAAGGGUGGGAUAGCUGGGACGGACAGACCCAUGAAAGGCCUUGUAAUCACUGGCAACACACACAGGUCCAUAUUUGUAUGUAGUGCAAGGCCUUAGUAGCCACAUGGAGCUCCUUGAAAGUCAACUACACCCGGUAUGGUUAAGACCCCACCAUAGCGUAGCGCCUCUUUAGAUACUUAGCACGGAGUGCCAUGGCUUGCAGGGUACACACAAAAAGCAUGACACUCCAAGGGAUGGCCUACAGCUACACACAUUUGUGCCAGGUGGAGAAGGGAAGUACUGUACCAUACCAUGUGCUGAUUGUUGUUGUGCACUUGUUUAAAAUACCCGGCCUCUAUGGGCCUGGUAUAGCCCUACAUGAUGAACACUUCACCUACUAUGUACGCAACCUUACUGUGCUAUAUGCAACCAGGACCUGCGAGUCCUCACUAUUGAAAAUGUUUGUAUUGACAAAACUCAGUUUCUAUACACACAGAAUCUUAAUAAAACAGAUUUAAAAAAUAAAAAAAUAAAAAGAAUGACUGACCCAACUUCAACUUACAGCAAUUCAAUGCUCAAUGGCUUACUUGCAAUCACAUGCUAAAUUAGCAAUUUAAGGCUCAUAAUACUUUAUACAAAUCAAUAUAAUAAUAAAACAUAAGCUGGGCAUUGAUUGAAUAGCAUUUCUGAAAACAUAUUUAGCCUGUGUGUGCAGUAGAUAGACAGACAGACAGACAGAUAGAGGUACAGACAAAUAGAGCAAGUGUCCUAGGUUUGCAGAUAAGCACAAUUUAUCCUGGAAUGGCCAUGUGAGUCUAACUAUUGAGUGCCGGUUGGUGGGGGAGGUGGGCAGACCUAAAGUCACUAUUCUAGGAGCACCACUUGGUAAUUUAUUAUAGUGUGCAGCUCACAAUACAGAAUAGCAUAUAGAUUGUUUGUCCGCUGGUACAAUUUGAAAGCUUAAUUAACCCGCUUUGUUCCUUUGGAAUGCAUGCCAUGACUUGAAAUACCUUCCCAAGACAGAGUUAGCUUUCAAAUAUUUCUGCCUGGAACUUCUUGUAUUGUACUCUCAUGUUGUAAUAUUCAUAACAGACUAAACCCAUGGGCUUAGUAACUAAACUCAUUUGUGGUCGGAAACAUAAUAGCCGUAUGUAUGAACUGGUGGUGACAAGUCGGUUGUGGUGUGCAGUAAGCGACGCACAGGUAGGUAAAAGAGGGCCCACCAAGGUGAAGAGUGAAUAAAUAUAUAAAUGAUUGAUAAAAUAAAUGUAACUUGUUUAACUACCAAGUGAGUUACUAAAAGGGCCAGGGCUUAGUGAGAUAUAUAUGUGUGUUCCUGUGUACACUCAUUUUUUUAUCAGAUCAUGUUGCAAUAUGAUGUAUCUACUUUCAUAAAAGAUAAAUUCAUAUAAUUUUCUCCACGUCCUGCAUUACUUUUAUUUAUUCCCUGUAUAUUCUGUCUCUCCAGCUUGCGGUAUCUUGAGAAAGAUGUGUAUACCAACAACCCGACUGCCCAUUAUCACACUCAGUUCAACACAACCAGCCGCUGAAAGGAUUACCUUGCUUCUUCCUGGGUCCCUUUAUCAUCUUAAUAUCCAUAACGAGAUCUAUGACACAUAUUGGUGCUAUUAACAAAUAAAAAAUAAUAUUCAAAUUGA